AUGAAGGUCCUCCAGUUGUUUGCAGCAUCAUUUCAAUGUGGAUUCGUUGAUGCUGGCCACCAUGGUGAACUUGUUGUAAGGCUUAUCCUAAUCAUUGCGUGGCAAAAAUGCAUACAAAAGAGUCAGGGUAAAGAUGGACUUUAUACAAGAGAAUUAUCUCUCAAGGAAUUUUUGUCCACCUUGUUUGGUGAUCUUGAUUCCUUAGUCACAAUUAAUGAUUCUUGGAAUGGGUUGAAACUAGAUAGACUAUUACUGGAAUCCAUUCUAUGCUUUACCCAUUUCAUACAG